AUGUCUUUCACCAGUUUUCUUAUUACUUUGAUGCUAGCUGGGCACCCAGUUUCUGCUGGCGGAUUCCAAGGAAGUCCUCAGCCCCUCAUUCGUCAAAGCGCGCAAGGGAUCCUUUUUGGACCCAUCACCCUCCCAACAGCGCCUCUAGUCUCCAACAUAACCAUCAACCUCAUCAACUUCAACGACGAAGUCUUUGACAUUUCCAGCAUUUCCGUGUUCGGUGAUAUCAACGAUGGAGGAUGUGGGGAGGUUGAGGAUACCGCACCAGAGUCUUAUGCGGGUCAAAGCGUGGUACUUGGGCCCACCAGUGCUGCCUGGGAUGCAGCCCUCAUAAGCAACGCCCAGGUGAGCCUCAUCAACUUCAAUGAUGAGGUUUUUGAUAUCUCCAGCAUUUCAGUCUUUGGGGACAUCAAUGACGGUGUUUGCCAACCUGCGACCGGAACACGCUAG